UUAAUUUUAUUAGUAAGAAGUUAUAGUUCAAGCGAUUUGAUAUUUUACUAUAUAAAAGCGAGAAAUACAAACUGCUUUGCAUGUAUGAACGCGCAUGCUCAGUACUGUCUUUGUGUGGCGACUGCAGAACCAACAAGCUAGGUAGCAACAACGGCUAGUCACAAACAUUAGACGACACAAGAGUAGCUAGCAGUUUAGCUGCGCAGCUAAUCAUGGUGAAUGUGAAGAAGCGGAAAGGUCGAGUCGUGAUUGACUCUGACUCCGAAGACAGCGCCAGUGACGAUAAUUUAGAUCAGGAGCUGUUGUCUUUGGCAAAGAGAAAGAGGGUUGAUUCAGGUGAGCAGGAAGAACCUGUUAACAAACCAGCAGCCUCUACAGACUCUGAGACAUCUGAUAGUGAUGAUGAGUGGACGGUGGGUGGCACCAAAGGCAAAAAGAAGGUUAAACAGGGAAAAGGUACGGAAAAGAAGAGUGCUACAAAGAAGAAGGUUAAUAAAGCAACAGCAUCUGGCAGCUCAGAUGGAGACAGUUCUGCAGACAGCUCUGCUCCAGAAGAGGGCGAGGUGUCGGAUUCAGAGAGCAACAGCUCAUCCUCCAGCUCCGACUCAGACUCCUCUGAGGACGAGGUGUUUAGGGACGGUUACGAUGAUGACCUGAUGGGCGACGCCGAGGACAGAGCUCGUCUGGAGCAGAUGACAGAAAAAGAAAGAGAACAGGAGCUGUUCAACAGAAUUGAGAAAAGAGAGGUGCUAAAGAGACGGUUUGAAAUUAAGAAAAAACUAAAGACGGCAAAGAAGAAAGAGAAGGAAGAAAAGAAAAAGAAACAGGAAGAAGAGCAAGAAAAAAGGAAGCAAUCUCAGGUUCAAGACACUCAAGUGGUCAUGUCUCAUAACAAAGAAAGACGAUCCAAACGUGACGAAAAACUGGAUAAAAAGUCCCAGGCUAUGGAAGAACUGAAAGCUGAACGUGAGAAGAAGAAAAACAAAACAGCUGAAUUGCUGGCCAAACGUGAGCCACUCAAGACAAGUGAAGUUUACUCUGAUGAUGAGGAAGAAGAGGAGGAAGAUGACGACAAGUCAUCGGUCAAAAGUGACCGGAGUUCACGUUCAUCGUCUUAUGAUGAUGACGAAAAAGAGGAGACGCCACCAAAGUCGCAGCCUGUUUCACUACCAGAGGAACUCAACAGGAUCCGACUGUCCAGACACAAGCUGGAGCGCUGGUGCCACAUGCCCUUCUUUGCAAAGACUGUCACUGGCUGCUUUGUGAGGAUAGGAAUUGGUAAUAGCAGCAGCAAACCAGUUUAUAGGGUUGCUGAAAUUGUGGAUGUAGUAGAGACGGCAAAAGUUUAUCAACUUGGAUCAACGCGGACAAACAAGGGAUUGCAAUUAAGACAUGGUGCUGACACACGAGUUUUCAGGCUGGAGUUUGUAUCAAAUCAAGAGUUCACAGAAAGUGAAUUUAUGAAGUGGAAAGAAGCAAUGAUGGUCGCUGGGAUGCAGGUACCAACUCUUGAUGAAAUUACAAAGAAAGAGCAGUCCAUCAAGGAAGCGCUGAACUACAAGUUUAAUGACAAAGAUAUUGAAGAUAUUGUAAAAGAGAAGGACAGAUUCAGAAAAGCUCCACCAAAUUAUGCCAUGAAGAAAACGCAGUUACUCAAAGAUAAGGCAAUGGCAGAAGAAAAUGGAGACGGUGAGAAAGUAAAAGUAAUCCAGGAUGAGCUGAAUGAGCUUGAGGAAAGGGCAGAAGCACUUGACAGACAAAGGACCAAGAACAUCUCUGCCAUCAGCUACAUUAACCAGAGGAACAGAAGUUGGAACAUUGUUGAAUCUGAGAAAGCUCUUGUGGCUGAAGGACAGAAUGCCAAAAACCAACAAAUGGACCCCUUCACACGAAGACAGUGCAAACCAACCAUGGUGUCAAAUGCCAGAGAUCCAUCAGUCCAUGCAGCUAUUCUUGCUCACCUAAACCAGAAAUAUGGUUCAGGGUCAGCAGCAGCAGAACAAGCCAGUGCAGAAAAGAACAAACUGGAUCAAACAAACCCAAAAGACAAAGAUGUCCCGAAACCAACCACUGACCUCUCAGAAGACCUGUUUAAAGUUCAUGAUUUUGAUGUAAAGAUUGAUCUACAGGUUCCUAAUGCAGAGGCGAAAUCUCUAUCCGUCAGCUCCAACGCGCUGCCAGUGAAGGACGGCGCCCCCCGCAGGUCCCUUAACCUGGAGGACUAUAAGAAGAGGAGAGGCCUGAUAUGAGUUGGAACCACCCCUCGUUCAGACACCAUAUUGCAUGUGCUGAAGAGAGAGACUGUGUGUGUGUGUGUGUGUGUGUGUGUGUGUGUGUGUGUGUGUGUGUGUGUGUGUAAUAAGUUGUGAGAAAGUCAGUAUGUGUGCAUGAAUGACUCCUGGAAGAUGUGUGUUUGAGUGUUGCUGCAAGAAACUGUUCAUCCAAACAGAGGAAACACUGAUUGAACCAAGACUCAAAAUCUUUCUCAAAGGAUCCUUCUCAGAAGAAGCUUGUCCAGAUGUCUGUCGUGUAUUUUUGCAUCAUCACAGACACACACGUAUUUUUUUUUUUUUUUCAUUUUCCCCCCUUCUCCAAGAACUAUCUUCCCUCUCACUCUUAAAGUUCACAUCUUUUUUGGUUUUUCUUCCUUGAAAGGACAUCGCUUGUGGAUUAUCACCUUGGACAAGGACAUUAACUUAGAAAACUUAGGUUGUUGAUGCAUUUAGGCUGGUCUUCUGAUGGAGUGGACCAGCUUAUCCCAACCAACCAGGAAUUGGUGUUGUAAAUCUUUUAUCUCCUAUAAAUGUAUGAUAAUACCCAUGCACUCCAUCCUAAACUUUUUUUUGUUUUGUUUUUUUUUUUGUUUUUUGCAGUCUCAAAUAAUGCCAUCUCUGACUUUGACAUUGGCGCUCUGUGACAAAUAUGAAGAGUUCAGUACUCGUCACCUGGAUAUUUGUCACUUUUUAGGGCCUUUGAAAUAACCCAAUUUAAGAGGAACUCUUUUUCUAUAGUUGGCUGGUUCUAAAAGUAUUGCUUCAUUUCAGUUAUCUCUUUUUUUCGGGUGUUCACAGAAUAAAUUCCUCUGUCCGUAAAUCCCCAAACAGAUUCUACAUGUUAUUGUGUCCAUAGUUCCUGUAUUGAUGUGGCAUGCCAUGUAAAUAUGCAUUUUUGAGUGAGUGCGAAACAAAUAAAGAAGCACUGUUUCAUAA